GAGCGCGUGAAGAGGAGGACGGUACUGAUGAUGAUGAUGAUGAUGAUGAUGAACGGGACGGGCUCGUACGGAGCGGGCAGAACCGGGGAGGAAUUCGACCCCAUCACCUUCGCCAAGAGACCGCAGACCAUCUUACGGUUCCUGUCCUGGGUUUUCUCCAUGGUGGUGUUUUGCUCCAUUGUAAAUGAAGGCUACGUGAACAUGGGCAGCGAGCGCCUGCACUGUAUGUUCAACAAAAACGAAGACGCCUGCAAUUACGGCAUCAUCAUCGGUGUGUUGGCGUUUUUAGCGAGCCUGUGCUUCCUGGCCCUGGACGUCUACUUCCCUCAGAUCAGCAGCGUUAAGGACCGGAAGAGAGCCGUGCUACUGGAGAUCGGCUUUUCAGGACUUUGGGCGUUUCUUUGGUUUGUUGGAUUUUGCUUUCUGGCCAAUCAGUGGAGUCGCACUUCACCUAACGAACUGCCACUGGAGCAGGCGUCAGACGCAGCAAGAGCCGCCAUCGCCUUCUCCUUCUUCUCCAUUCUCACCUGGGCGGCGCUGACGGUGUUGGCAGUGCAGAAAUUCCUGCUCGGAACCGACAUGACUCUCUUCACCUGCGCUGAAGCCCCCAAACAGCCGUAUCCUUCCAACGACGCCAUCCAUCAGACCACCAUCGACAAGAGCCCAACGCUGAUCGAGACGGUGGAGACACGCCCACCCGGAUACCAGAUCCCACCCGCUUUUUAAUCUUCUGGCCAAUGAGAAGCAGUGGACAGUGUGGCUUCCCUCCUAGGCUCAGUUGCAGUACUGUUUUCAAUGCAACCUCGUCGAUCUCCCAUUCGCUAAUUCUGGAACAAUCCACGCUAAUGAUUCAUCACUCUUUCUACAGCGGAAAGAAGGAGUUACGCAAACAAAGAGCAAUAUGUUAUUUCUAAAACAGUAUAGAAUUCACUACAAUUGAACUAGGUUUGUAUUUUUAACAUAGUUUACUGCUUUAUUACUUUAUCUCAAUAACAUGCAGACUAGUCUCUUAUAACGCUAACUAGAUAGCAAAUGAGCUAUGUAGCACGCCUGCUAGCCAGUUAGAUAACUUAAUGAAGUACCAAACUACGAUGUAGUUGUUAGCUAGCUUAGUAAAGUGCAGAACUAGCACAGAGUCGUAAAAGAUGGUGUUUGAUUUGUUUGAUUCGCAGAAAGUUAACUGGUCUGUGGUAGAUUAACCACAGGUCUGUAGUUUAACUUAUUAAGUUAUCUAUCAAACAUGCUAGCCAGUUGUCAAAAAUAGUAACUUACUAACAAUUACUAGAUAGCUUCUAAGCACACACGUAGCAUGUAGCACACAUGCUAGCUAGUUACAGAGCAUAGAAAUGCUGUAAACAUGCUACCAUACAAUAUUAUUCUACUUAGAGUAACUUAGAUGAAGAUACCUUUCAAAAAAACAUGUAUAAUAUUUAAUUUGCUUCAUUAAAAUUCAGUUUGCGACAGUUUACUGCCUUUGGUAUCUUAUUCAUGUGAGUAACUAGCGUGCUAGCAUGCUGCCAUACUUGUGACCUAUAAUGAGCGUUAGAUAGUAAACAAGCUGCGUAGUGAACGAACAAACGCUCGUUUCUCUGUGUGCUGUUUAACGAAAUAAAAAAGAUAAAGUACAAAUAGACAAAGAAAUCAACUGCAACCCCACACAAACACACACACACACACACAUACACACAUACACACACACACGUUUUAGUCUCGGGUCGUCGAUGAGGCCGUGUUUAAAGCAGUACUGAAAUGCACGAGUAUUGUAUCGUUUCCUUUUAUCGUGUCUUUUUUGUUUAAAGGGCUUCUCUGUUUAAACAAAAUAUUAAACAUAACGUACUGAAAUAAAUAAUGACUUUAACAAUCGCUUAUUUGAAUCAAAUUGUAAAUUGUUAUAACUUUAGUUUAAUAAUCCUGAUAAAGGAGCUGAGGGACGAAAUGCAGUGUAAAAACAAUAUAAUAAUCUAUUAAAGCUAUUAAAUAUAAUCUAUAUAAAGUUCUAUAAGUUAUGUAUAAAGUAUUUUGUGGACUUUGUUUCUGAGCGAAAAUCCUGUACUGCUGUAGUCUUUAUGUAUUUAUUCAUUAUUCAUUUUAUUCUAGAAAUGAAAGUCAAUUAUUUAUUGUAUUUAUUUUAACGAGACCAAACUACAAUUAUAACACUAAUAUCACCCCAGUUAGUGUGUAUGAGUUGGAGGGGCGGAGCUAAGAGGGAGGGGCCAUUUUAAAGAAAAAAAGAAAAACAGGGAUACGAGGAUAUGAAUCAACAAUGUGUUUAUUCCUGAAUGAUAAAAUGACAUUACUGUCUUAAAGAGUCCUGAUGAGAGCAUCUCCACCUGUGUGUGUGUGUGUGUGUGUGUGUGUGUGUGUGUUGUCAGUGUUACUGCAUGAUAAGACUAACCAUAGAAACACCUACAUCCUAAAAUACCAUUUUAGCAUUUAGAGAGGAGAAGAAACAUGUUGGUGAAUCUCUGACUGAAUAAACACUCUUUCUGCAAGA